AUUUCAUCUAUAUACAUUGUAUGGACUUUGCUGAGCGGACGUCUCGUUUCUCUUCUCUUUGGUAGCAUAAAUGUCCGCGUCCAAAGUCCAUGCGUGCUAGUCAUGGAGAAGGACGACGCGAGUGGUGCGUCAUCUUUGGCUUCUGCAUUGUCCAUGCUGUCCUCGGCUGCAGCGCCACCACAUUCUUCUUCUUCUGCGAACACCGGUCCGAGUCAGUGGAGGUGGUGAGUCCUGGUUGCAACUCCUUUGUGGAGGAAGGACGAUGAAGGCAAGACCGUUUGCAACGCAUGCAGCCUCUACUAUAAGCUUCACAGCUCUGCUCGUCCCAUUACGCUCCUCCCUCACCGAGCCCCC